AUACUUGUAUCUCAAGACUAGACUGGAGAGGAACAAGGUGUAUAUAUAUAUAAUGGCCGGUAUACAGCUGAGUUAUCAAACAAACACAACUCUUCAUUCAAUAAUUUACUGAGUUAUUACCAUGAAUCUAAAAAUGUUGUCAUUUCCAUUCUUAAUACUGAUUUCUGUGCUGUUUGUCCUUCAAGCAAUAUGGAGGAAAUUAAAAAGCAGCAAACCUCUAAAUCUACCCCCUGGACCAUCGAAGCUCCCCAUCAUCGGAAACAUGCACCAGUUAAUCGGCGGUCUUCCCCAUCAUAAACUCGGAGCCUUGGCGAAGAAAUACGGCCCCCUUUUUCUGCUUCAAAUCGGACAAGUCCCAACAGCUGUGAUUUCUUCACCGGACACUGCGAAACAGGUGAUGAAAACACACGACACCAUCUUCGCGCAGAGGCCCUUCCUCUUAGUUGCAGACAUCGUCUUUUAUAAGGCUGCGGAUAUUGGUUUUGCACGCUAUGGUGAACACUGGAGACAAAUGCGGAAAAUUUGCAUAUUAGAGUUGCUUAGUGCAAAACGUGUGCAACUGUUCCGACCAAUUCGAGAAGAAGCAGUAUCGAAUCUCAUCAGUAGCAUCUAUUCUAGCGCAUCAUCCGCGAUCAAUCUUACGAAAAUGUUAAAUUUAUUAUCUUGUUCAAUCAUUACCCGAGCCGCGUUUGGUAAAAAAUGCUUGGUGGAUCAAGAAGAAUUCAUUCCAAUUGUUACCGAAGUUGUGGAGAUGCUAGCAGGCUUCAAUAUCGCCGACUUGUUCCCCUCUAUCAAAUUGCUCCAUUUCAUUACUGGAAUUCACUAUAGACUCAAGAAACUGCACAAAAAAGUUGAUCUUGUGCUUGAAAACAUAAUCAAUACUCAUAAGAAAUCCAGGGCCGCGUCUAAGAUUGAUUUGGAGGAUGAAGAUAUCGUUCAUGUUUUGUUAAAUCUUCAAGAGCAAGGAAACCUUGAACUUCCUUUAACAACCGACAGUAUUAAAGCUGUUAUACUGGACCUUUUCAUUGCGGGGGUUGAUACAUCGGCCUUAACUUUAGGAUGGGUGAUGUCGGAAUUGAUUAAGAACCCCAGAGCAAUGCAGAAAGCGCAAGCAGAGGUUAGACAACUUUUCGGAGAUAAAGGAAUUGUUGAUGAAACAGGCUUUGAAAAAUUAAAGUAUUUUAAGUUAAUUAUUAAGGAAACAUUAAGACUCCAUCCUCCGGCUCCAUUAGUACCACCCAGAGAAGCUAGCGAGCAAUGCCAAAUCGAUGGAUAUGAUAUACCCGCCAUGACUAGAGUCCUUGUGAAUGUAUGGGCCAUCGGAAGGGAUCCUAAUUAUUGGAUCGAACCUGAAACAUUUUUACCGGAGAGAUUUGAAGACGGUCGAAUUGACUUCAAAGGUAAUAAUUUUGAAUAUCUGCCAUUUGGUGGUGGAAGAAGGAUAUGUCCAGGGAUAUCAUUCGCCAUGGCCACUGUGGAACUUGCACUCGCACAUUUACUCUUCCAUUUUGAUUGGGAGCUCCCCAAUGGUAUGAAAAAAGAAGAGCUGGAUAUGACUGAGGAUUUUCUUACGUCAACUAAAAGGAAGUAUGAUUUAAACGUAGUUCCUAUUCCAUAUUCUCGUACUAACUAAAAUAUGCAGUUAGCUACCGGUACUGCACACAAAAAAUGAUGUGUUCUUGCAUUUCCUUAGUUUUUAUUACGUUAAUUUCUUUGUUUUAAUAAAAGUUUAAUUUAUGCUUACUUAUUUAUGAGUGUAUCAGUCGUUCUGAAGUAUUUUAAUUUUAAUAAAAAGGUUAUGUUUAGUUA